CAGGUUCUGCACGCAAGGGAGACGUAAACCUUGGGGAAAUCAUCAAUGAUGAGACGCAAUUGAAGCUCUAAUUCUAAUUCUAUCUCAGACCUUUUUCGUCUACGUUCUCAAAGUUUCGUUCUUUUGGCCCGAAAUUGAAAUUUUCAGUGCAAAAUUUUCUUUUUGACUGAUAAUAUAUGUAGAUACUGCAUAUACAUAUAUAUGCCCUAUUUUGGUGUUUGUUUUAGGUGUACCAAUGGAGGACAGAAAUUUGGAUUCUAAUAAUCAGGUGCAUGUUGUAGAAAAUUUAUCUACAAGGGUUUCUAGUUUCUCCCUUAAGGACCAGAUAUCCAAUUCCGGUUCUCUUCAGGAUGAUGAGGUGGAUGAUAAUAGGAGGAAUCAUGUUACUAAAGAGUAUUCUGAUUCUUUUUCCACUGCUGGCAAUAAAGGGCUUAGUAUGAAUUCAUCCAGAUUAUAUCCUGAAUUACCUGAAGAACCAUUGGAAAAUAAUAAAGAGAACAUGGAGUCUUCAGGUAAUUGUCAGAAGCAGGGAAAGUACUUCUAUUAUGAUACUCCACUGUUUGAAGAUACUGGAGUUUGGAUACCAGUUUCAGUUCCACCUAUGUUGGAAGAUGAUCACAAAGAGUGGGCCAAAGGUUUUCAUUCAAAUGGUGGCUAUUUCCCUGAUGAUGACAUGGGAUGGAAUCAGUACGUUGGAGAAGAAAGGGAAUUGACUAUGUGGGAUGUGCUAGCAGAAAUGUUACUUGUAGCUAGAGGGAAAAUGACUUCUUUGGCAUCAGGAGAUAUUCAUACGUGUAGCUUUUCAUGGAUAUCCAGCCAUGUACUUGAACAAGCUUGGAGAGAGAUGGCACAGACUCUUACAGAGGCCAACUUUGGGAAUGUGAAGGAACUACUAGAAGCAGAACCUCCAAAAUGGUUGGCAGAUAGUGCUGCUUCUUCUUGUAUGCUUUGUGGUGUGAGGUUUCAUCCUAUCAUGUGCUCCCGACAUCACUGCCGGUUUUGUGGAGGAAUUUUUUGUGGUGAAUGCUCCAAAGGAAGGAGCUUGUUGCCAUCAAAGUUCCGAGUUUCUGAUCCCCAAAGAGUCUGCGAUGUAUGCUGUGUCCGACUUGAGUCUGUACAGCCUCAUUUGAUGGAUCAUGUAAGUAAUGCUGCUCAGUUGCCAACCCGCGACCUGACCGACCUAAGCACUCUGAGAUCGUGGGUUAAUUUUCCUUGGGGGCAGUCCAUGGAAUAUGAAAUUUACAAGGCAACUAACACUAUCAAAGCUUAUAAUCGGAUAGGUUUAUUGAAGCCUGAGAAGUCAAUUCCAGAUUUCAUUCUAAGGCAAGCAAAAGGCCUUGCAAUUAUCACUGUGGUCAAAGUAGGAGUGGUGGUUACUUAUAAUAUUGGAACAGGACUUGUGGUUGCACGUAGGGAAGAUGGUUCAUGGUCUCCACCAUCUGCCGUCUCCACAUUUGGUGCAGGGUGGGGGGCUCAGGCUGGAGGAGAGUUAACAGACUUCCUUAUUGUUCUGAGAACAAAUGAGGCUGUCAAUACAUUUAGUGGUAAUGUGCAUCUUUCACUUGGAGCUGGUUUGAGUGCUGCAGUUGGCAUUGUUGGAAGGUCAGUUGAAGCUGAUGUUCGAGCUGGUGAUGGUGGCUAUGCUGCUUGUUAUACAUACAGCUGCAGUAAAGGUGCAUUUGUUGGAUGUUCACUUGAAAGCAGUAUUGUGACCACUCGCACACAAGAAAAUUCCCGUUUCUAUGGCAGUCAAUCUAUAACUGCAACAGAUAUACUUCUUGGCUCGUUGCCUAGGCCACCUGCUGCUGCCAUUCUCUACCGUGCUCUUGCAGAUUUGUAUGCGAAGCUUGACGGUUAAUUGAAUGGUUCAACAUUGUAUUUCCUUCCUUUCUCUUUUCGGACAUUGGCAUUAUGGAAAAGAAUUAUUGCACCUUUCAAUAAUUUGUACAGCUGAGUUGCACUCAUAUUGUAAAGGUUCCUCGUGUCAUUAUUUGUCAAUGUAAAUAUAUUGUAAAUGGAGGAUGAUUG